AUGUCCGACGUCGCCGUGAAGCUGUUUAUCGCUGAUGCGUCUUACCACGCAGUGUUCGAGGACGAAGUGCGGCUGUGGCAUCAAUUACGGCAUCCCAACGUGAUCAAAAUGUACGGAGCUUGUGACGCUACUCCACUGCCACUGCAAUGCUUUAUCUGUGAAUAUGCUAGCAAUGGGUCGCUGCUUGAAUACGUAACGCCGACUCCUCCUGUCGAGCAAAGAGUUUGGUCGCUUCUACAUCAAGCUGCGUUGGGGCUUGAAUAUCUUCACGAGCGCGGAAUCGUCCACGGCGACCUUCGGUGCAGCAAUAUCUUGAUUGGUAGUGAGGGUUUGUCGAAGCUGGCCAACUUUACUCGAAGUGCCAAGGUGGGCCAAACGGCAAUAUCCUCGAGGGUCGGAUCGAUGCGCUGGCAGGCUCCAGAGAUUUCUGACGGCAAGACAUUGUCCUUUGCAUCAGACGUGUAUUCGCUGGGAAUGUGCAUUUUAGAAGCCGUGGCCAGGGCGAUGCCAUGGAAGUAUCGGUGCGCGGAUAGGUACGUCAAUUACUUCAGAGCGCUGAAAUCAAGUACGAUACCUGGGGGCCCAAAAAACAGUGGAUCUGCACACACUAACUGGGAGUUGGUGCAGCAAAUGAGUGCGUUUGAUCCGGAGGAGAGGCUCAAAAUCUCGACGGUGGUCGAUUAG